AUGGAGAGGAACUUCGAUCUGUCUAAUAGUGAGAUCCAGAGUAGUAUUACGGUGGAGGAUGAUGAUUGUAGGGGAGAUGAACUCACUUCUCUCCUCCUAGCUGGUAAACUUUGGACGGAGAGCUCUUACAACGUUCGUGCCUUCACGCAGACUGUUACAACGGCGUGGAAGCUUCGUAAUCCAGUGGAGAUCAGGGAGAUCUCGAAGAAUCGGUAUGUUUUCCGAUUCGCUACGGAGAGAGAUCUCAGAUCGGUUAUUGAUGGUGGUCCUUGGAGUUUCAAUCGGAUGAUAUUGGUGCUGAAGAGGUUCAGCGAUGAGGUCCAACCUUCAGAGAUCGAUCUAUCGACGGUGGAUAUGUGGAUCCGUGUGUACGAUCUACCUCUGAAGUUGAAAUCUGAGUCCAUUGCGAGGCGGUUAGGAAAUUCCAUCGGAUUCUUUGUUGCGAUGGACGCUCGAUUGGAGAAUCAGGUCGGCCUGUUCCUUAGAUUGAGAGUUACGGUUGAUUUGACGAAGGCGUUGAUGAGAGGAACUGUGCUUGUUUGGCAGGGGAAGGAGCUUCGUGUGUUGUUCAGGUACGAGAGGCUCCCUGUCUUCUGUUUUGUUUGUGGAAAGAUCGGGCAUCAGAUGAAGGAUUGUGAGGUGAGUGAGGUAGUGGAUGAGGAUAGUGAUUCCUCUUAUCUGCCUUAUGGGCCUUGGCUGAGGGUUCAACCUUUCUCUGAUGAUUUCAGUGUGGGUAGGGUGCUGAAGUCAGGAAGCCAAGGGGCAAGUGAGAAGGUUGUGGAUGAUGGUUUGGUCAGGGGAAAAUCGGUGUUGAAACCAGGAAGCCAAGGGGCAAGUGAGAUUCGUGCUCUGGUUGUCAAGGAUUCAUCCCUGGGAAGUGCUUCUCAGCAGGGGGUGAAGUUGUUUGAGCAGAAGAGUAGGGUGGAUAGUGCUAGGGUGCCGGAGAAAGCUCCAAUUGCUGCUACGCAGGUUCUCCAUAAGGAGGUUAAGCGAGUGCUGAGUCCAAGAAAGCCGUUGGUGGAGAGCAAUCGUCUUGAUGAACAUGUUGUGGAUCCUGCUGAUGAUCUGCCUCGGUUUGGUAAUCAGAGUGUAGUGUCUUUGGAAGCUGGUGGUGGUUCAAGGACCCAUCAAGUUGAAGAGGUCCUGGAGGCACUUGGUAACGUGGCUAUUCAGGGACUGGCUGAGGGAGAUAAUAAGGAGAACCAUGUUCCAGUUGCUGCUCUUUCCUUUAAUCCUGGAUGCAGUGAUUCUGGUGGUAGCAGGCCCUCAAGCAAGCUUAAGAGAAAGGGAUGGAAGAGGCUUCACUCUAACAAGACUAGAGUUGCUUCUACUGCCCUCCCAACUGUGGAUAGGAAGAGAAAUCUGGUGGAUGUUGAUAUCAUUGAGGUUGAUGAUGAGAACUGCAGGGGUCCCUUGGCUAAGAGGGUUUACACUGAAGUUUGUAUGACUGAUUCUGAUUCAGAGGCGUUGUUGGGAGACCAACAUCGCCUACAGCCAUGA